AUGUUCGCUCCUCGUGCCAUCGCAUCACCACUCACCCGAGCCGCCUUCCGGCCACAGACACUCCGCAUAGCUGCCAGACCAGCCUACCUUCGCACCCAGGUAGCCCUCAAUUCGACCAUUUCAGAAGCCAUCACCCAGGACCACCGCAAGCUAGAGACCUACUACAAAGAAAUCAUCAACAAUCCCACCGACAUCGACCAUGCAACCCGCUACGGCAACCAAUUCACCUGGGAACUAGCCCGGCACUCCGUCGCUGAGGAACUCCUCGUCUACCCAGCCAUGGAAAAGUACAUGGGCGCAAAGGGAAAGGCGCAUGCGGAAUUAGACCGGAAACAGCAUCAUGAGGUGAAAAUCCUCCUCAAAGAAUUCCAAAACAUGGACCCCGCAUCCUCAACCUACAUCCCGCAGCUCAAGAAAAUAUGGUCCCUCCUCUCCGUGCACAUUGCCGAAGAAGAAGGCUCCGACCUACCCGCCCUCGAAGCCGCGCUAUCCUCCUCUGAAAACCGGGGAAAUUCAGAGUCGCUAGCCAAAAACUUUGGUCGCACAAAGAUGUUUGUGCCGUCGAGAGCCCAUCCGAGUGCGGGCGAGAACCCGUAUUUCGAGGGCCCCAUGGGCAUGUUGGCGGCGCCGAUUGAUCAUAUUGCGGAUAUCUUUCGCAAGUUUCCAGAGGGGACGGUUAGUCCGAAUCCGAGUAAGAAGUGA